AUGGAGAGCCCUCACCCAGACGAGCGACCAGCAAAGAAGCGCCGUUUCUUCGCCGAAGACUCAUCUCCAGCCCAAAUACGAUCAGCACUCUCCAACCCACCUCCGCCGUCCCCGCCACAGGCACCUUCGAGCCCAACACAUACACGGGACGAAAGAAACGGUGGUGACGAUGCAGCAACAUUGGACGGGUUUGAUGUUGGCAUGCUCCAGGCAGUCGUUGGCGAGCUGCCAUACGCUACGUUGCAGAAGUUGAAGCAUGUCAGCAGCAGCAAUGUGGAACGAGCAAUCAAUCUCUAUCUGGACGGCUCUUGGGCCUCUGCCCCUGCUCCUACGCCCGCCGCUAUCUUCCAACCACGUCCUCCAGCCGUCCAGACCACAAUCGCGACUUCACUCAAGCGCACCGAGUCCGAAGGUCCCGUCGCAUCGCAAGACUCCGGCACCUCGACGCCAAUGGCGCCAAUACUCAGGGACAUGCCGUCGAAACGGUAUAUUGGGUCACUUGGAGUGGUCGGCUGGGCGACGACAAGUGGGACGGGACUGCUCAAGCACAACGAGAAGGUCACCAUUGAGCGCUUCAAGAUGCAGCCGAAGGGGAAGAAGCGUGUGGUCGCUCUCAAGAAGCAGGACAUCGUGGUCAGAUUCACCAACGAAAGAGGGCAAGAAGUGGGGAGACUAGAGAACGACUCUGCAGCCUGGAUCUCGGCCCUGAUCGACCAGAAAGUGUGCACAUUCGAGGGCAACUGCGUGUACGUGCCGGACAAAAUACGUACAAGCGAUACCAUAUACCUACAACUACACGGCUACUUUUUGCGCAGCGCUUUCGACAAGAGGAAUUUUACGAAGCCGGAAGACAACCGAGAAGUCAGCAUAUUCGAGGAGAAGGAAACCUCGGACGAGCGUGAUUUGAGGAUGCGUCAGGUGGGUCUCGUGAAGCUCUUCGAGUCCAUCAACCUGCACCCAUCACGUCAGAAUGAGAGCACAGAGAAGCACAAGCGACAAGGUCUUCUGCAGGCAGCAGAGAGUGCUGAGAAAAAGGACGAGAAGCCAAAGGCUAAGAAUGGGACAUCUGCAGACGGGACGUCUUCGCCGCCGGGUGAGGAAGCUGAGGAGGGCGCAGAGCUCGAACAAGACCAGCUGGACUCGUUGUACAAGAAAGCACAAUCUUUCGAUUUCGACACGCCUACAAUGGAACCUGCAGACACAUUCGUUAUGGACCUUCGAAAGUACCAGAAGCAGGCGCUGCACUGGAUGGUUGGGAAAGAGAAAGACGAAUCACUUGCCGGCAAGGAAGUUUCUAUGCAUCCGCUAUGGGAGGAGUAUCAGUGGCCUAAGAAAGAUGCCGAUAACCAAGACCUACCCAUCAUCGAAGACCAGUGCAUGUUCUACGUCAAUCCGUACUCUGGCGAGCUCUCUCUCGAGUUCCCGAAGCAAGAGCAGAAUUGUCUGGGCGGUAUUCUGGCUGAUGAGAUGGGUCUGGGCAAGACUAUCGAGAUGCUGAGCUUGAUCCACACCCAUAGGCAUUACCCGGAGCAGUACGAGCAAGCAGCUGUACCGAGAAGUCUCCCGCGCCUGCAAAAGGCCAGUGCAGCUGUCGAGCCGGCGCCAUAUACUACGCUCGUCAUCGCGCCAAUGUCAUUGCUCGCUCAAUGGCAUAGCGAGGCUGAAAAGGCUUCCAAGGAAGGCACUUUGAAAGCUAUGGUCUACUAUGGCUCUGACAAGGCCAUCAACCUUCAAAAACUAUGUUGUGCAUCUAACGCAGCCAACGCACCGAACGUGAUCAUCACCAGUUAUGGCACAGUGCUAUCUGAAUUCAACCAAGUCGCCACUCAAGAUGGCAACAGAGGUUCGCACGGCGGCAUCUUUUCGCUGCACUACUUCCGCAUCAUACUCGACGAAGCGCACUACAUCAAGAACAGGCAAUCGAAGACUGCCAAAGCUUGUUACGAACUUAGCGCAAGACAUCGGUGGGUGCUUACGGGCACACCAAUCGUCAACCGACUUGAGGAUCUUUUCAGUCUCGUGCGUUUCCUCAAGGUCGAACCCUGGAGCAACUUUUCGUUCUGGAAAACGUUCAUUACCGUACCGUUUGAGGCCGGCGAGUUCAUCCGGGCUCUCGAUGUGGUGCAGACAGUGCUUGAGCCGCUUGUUCUGCGUCGAACCAAAGACAUGAAAACGCCUGAUGGGGAGGCUUUAGUGCCCUUACCGCCAAAAACCAUCGAUGUCGAGCGCAUUGUUCUGUCCCAAGACGAGCGGGAUGUGUACGAUCACAUCUACCUACGAGCAAAGAGCGUCUUUACACAGAACGCUGAGUCUGGCAUGCUGCUCAAGAACUACACCACCAUUUUCGCCCAGAUUCUUCGCCUCCGCCAAUCAUGUUGUCAUCCCAUCCUAACCCGCAAGUCCAAUCUCGUCGCCGAUGAGCUGGAAGGCAACAUGGCGUCUGACCUCGCGAACGGCCUAGCUGAUGAUAUGGAUCUCUCAAGUCUAAUCGAGCGCUUCACUGCCGACAGCGACCAAGACGUCAACAAAUUCGGCGCUCACGUCCUCAAGCAGAUCCAAGACGAAGCCGACGCCGAAUGUCCCCUAUGUUUCGAAGAGCCCAUGGUCGACCAGGCCGUAACCGGCUGCUGGCACUCGGCAUGCAAAGAAUGCCUGCUAAACUACAUCAACCACCAGCGCGACAAAGGCGAGAUCCCACGCUGCUUCAACUGCCGCGAACCCAUCAACGCACGCGACGUCUUCGAAGUCGUGCGCCACGACCACAUCACCGACGAACCGCCGCACAGUUUCGCCAGCGACGCCGCACCACCUGCCACCCAAACGCCACGCAUCAGUCUACGCCGCAUCGGUCUGAGCGGCAGCGCAAAAACCCAAGCCCUCCUCACGCACCUGAAGAAAAACAGGAAAGCAGACCCCCGCGGCAAGACCGUGGUCUUCUCACAAUUCACAUCCUUCCUCGACCUGAUUGAGCCCGCGCUCACGCGCGACCACAUCCCCUUCCUGCGCUUCGACGGUUCCAUGGCACAGAAGACGCGCGCCACCGUGCUCGCCGAGUUCACUGCGUCCCCCAAGCCGUAUGUCUUGCUGCUUUCGCUGCGCGCCGGCGGCGUCGGCUUGAAUCUGACGUGUGCGCGGAAUGUGUUUAUGAUGGAUCCGUGGUGGAGCUUUGCGGUUGAGGCGCAGGCUAUUGAUCGCGUGCAUCGGAUGGGGCAGGAGGGGAGUGUGAGGGUUGUGCGGUUUGUGGUCGAGGGGAGUAUCGAGGAGAAGAUGUUGAGGAUUCAGGAGAGGAAGAAGUUCAUUGCGAGUAGCUUGGGCAUGAUGAGUGAGGAUGAGAAGAGAGUGCAGAGGAUUGAGGAUAUCAAGGAGUUGCUCAGUUAG